AUCCAUUUCCCUCCAAUUCAUAGCUCUCCCUCUUCUCUGUCUCUCUUCCAUGGCGGGCUACGAACCCCCCUCGUUCUCUCUCGGAUUCGAUCUGUGUCUCGAUUUGGAGCCCCAAGUACCGCCGGAGGAUCACCCGAUCCAAACGCCAGCUCCGAACUCCGUAACCCACGGAAGUGCACGCGAGGACGAAGCAUUCGGAUCCGAGGUCUUGGACUCGGAUCCUGAAGCCGGGCCGGAACCGCCCCGGAUUCUCAAGCGGCUCAGGCGAGGGCCCACAACCGCCACAAAAACGCCAUUGCUUCAGACGCGCUUGGACUUGCCACAAUCGCGCUGUGCCGGUGACGAUGACAUCGAAGAGUUUUCGUCACAAGACGGCGAUUUUAUCAGAGAUGCACAUCCACCAUUGCAGUACCAAUCUAUGUGUAGCAGUUCAAAGAUCCCAUUGCAUGGAUGUGGGGUUUUAGCCACUCAAUCAACCACCCAGAGGAAAAGGAAACAGUUUUCUGAUAACCCCGCUUCUGUAAAUUUGGAGACAAGCGGCAAUCUGUCAACAUUACCAAAGUUAACUAUCAGUCCUCUCCGAAAGUUCCAGUUAAUUGAUUCUGAUUCUGAUGAUUCAUCCAGUCAUGACAAUGUAAGCAGAGAAGCUCAUAAAGCUGGUCCAUCCUCAACGGAGCGACAAUCUAACCCUGACCAUUCUGCAACUGUGAGUGAACAAAAGAGAAAAGCGUCACUUGACGUGAACAAAAAUGAGGAUUUAUGGAAAGAUUUCUGUCCAAUGAAGAAUUUUCGCAUUCAAACACCCGCUUUGGAUGAGGUUUGUGAAGAAUACUUCCUAUCUUUGAAGAAGAGUGUAACCCUGAAAUCGAGGAGCGAUGUAUGUGUUAAUGCCAAUGAGGUUUACCAAGAGAAUACAACUAGCAGCAGAAAAGAUGGACAAGUAUGGGUCACAGAUGAUCCCGUUCCUCCUGCUCAUCAUUAUUUUUUCCAUGAUGAUCCAAGGGUUCAGAAAUUAGUCCGUGAUCGCUUACCCAACUUUUCUCCGCUGGGUGUUACUAAGAGCAGAGGAAAUCAACAGCCUAAUGCAUCAGUUAUUGAUUACAUGAGACAAUUUAACCAUGAAGAAGCUUCUAAACAGCGAACUUGUAAAAGCAAUGUUGAGAAGAGCUCCACAAGGGGAAGAAAUAAAUCAAAAAUAUCAAAUGCUGAAGAAGUCUUGCUUCCUUCUGGAGGCUGGAUGGACCCCAAAAUCGUUUCUUCAUUUAGCAAGGGAGAACCUUCUAGACAGAAAGCAGCUCGGAAAAUCAAUGUUGCAAACAGGUCAACAAAGGGAAGAAAUAGAUCGAAAAAAUCAAAUGCUGAAGAAGUCUUGCAUGCUCCUGAAAGUUGGGUGAACCCCAAAAGCUCUGCUAGCACUCCAAAGGAUGCUGGCCAACGACGGGUUCAUGCAAAUGGCGAGUCUGCAGGUCAUUGGUAUACAACCCCAGAGGGAAGGAAGGCUUAUGUCACUAAAGAUGGGAAGGAGUUGACAGGUCGAACUGCUUAUAGACACUACAGGAAGGAGAGUGGUGCAGGGUUUAAGAAGUCCAAAAAGAAAACUAGUGCCAAGGGCAAGAAGAGAAAAGGCUGAAGCUCGAUGCUCAAGAUAGCAGGCACAAGAUUUUGUCAGUUUGUUAAUAUGUAGAGUUUACAAUCGAUUUUGAUAAUCUAAGGUUUUUCCAAUUUCAAUGA